AUGGCACCUAGACUCCCUCCUCCACCACAACCUACUGAACCAGAUGCGUCCAACAACGCUAGGUUGUUGGAAACGGUGAUUGAUCGAUUGCAGCAACAAAACACGACUUUAAUGGAGCAGAACGCCACCCUGAUGCAGCAGAAUCAGAGUGCCAUGCAGAGUUUGGAGGCCUCGCGUGCCAACUCUGAAACGACGCAAAGACAAUUGAUGGAAAUUUUAGCAGCAACCAGGCACACUUCAGGGGCGUCUUCUUCCAACGCUGCCCCGCCUGCUGCCGAGUGGAGCUUGGAGAGCUUCCUCCAACACCAUCCGGCCAAAUUCAGUGGAAAAUGCCUUCCUGAUGAGGCAGACCAGUGGCUGAGAGACAUGGAGCGUAUUUACAAUGCUAAGAGGUGUCCAGAUGAAAGCCGCUUGGCUUUUACAGAGUACUUACUGACUGGUGAAGCUAGCCACUGGUGGACGAGUAUGAAAGCCAUCUUAACGGACGCUCAGAAUCCCAUCACCUGGGCUGUUUUCAGAAGCAAAUUUUAUGAGGAAUACUUCCCAGAUAGCGUUCGUUACGCUAAGGAAGUCGAGUUUCUUCAACUAGCGCAAGGAGCGAAGUCUGUGUCGGAGUAUACCAACACAUUUAAACACCUCCUGAGGUUCAAUACGAUGGCCACCAGUGAGGAGUGGCAGUGCAGGAAAUUUGAGAACGGACUGCGGAGUGAUUUGAAGGUCUUGAUUUCCAGUUUGUGCAUCCGGUCAUUUCCUGCUAUGGUUGAGCGAGCCAAGGUUUUGGAGAAGAAUAUGGCAGAGGCGGAACGGCUGAAGAGGCAGCAACAAGGGAGUAGGGGACCGAUCGUGUCCAGGGGAGGAGCUGUUCAGAGGAGACCUCCUUACGCUCGUCCAAACCAGCCUUCUCAUGCAAGCGGAUCUCAAGGAGUAGUUCCUGUCGGACAGUCUGGACAGGGAAGUGUCGUUUGCUUCCGGUGUGGAGGACCACAUUAUAGGUCUUCAUGCCCUUAG